ACAUGCUGUUAUUGCCUUCACUUGCUGCACUUUGAGUCUGCUAAUGGAUGUGCACCAACAACCAGACAUGCAAACGCAUACUGUAAACGCACACGCCUCUCGGAAGAUGCGUCGUUGCGUUUCUCGAGUGGAAGCGAAAAUCCAAUCUUGCCUCUGAUAUUCAGGUCACUCAGUGAGUUAGGUGUCACUUCAGAAGUGGAGAAAGGUGAAAACGAGGCCGAGUUGCAGUGCUGUGGUCCAGCUGCUGCAGGGAUGUGGACGGAUACCAAAUCAGAUGUGAAGGAGGCCAGCAGGAAUCAUGCCAGCCCCAGCCGGCGUGUGUUGAACGCUCUUCUGUGCUGUACUGGGGACAUGGAAUACUUGGAUAAAUACAUGCAGGAAAAGAUGUUUGUGCUGCAGCUGGCGGUGUGGGGCCUGAGAGGGGUGACCAGGGUGAUCCUAGCCAACAACCCGCUGAGCGGUGCUCUCAUUAUGGCUGCUCUGUACUGGGCCUCCCCCUGGCAGGGCCUGCUAGGAACUCUCGGUGUACUGACCUCUACGCUAACAGCUGUUAUAAUGGGACAAGACAGAGCUGAGGUGUCAGGAGGCCUCCAUGGUUUUAACGGCAUGUUGGUGUCUCUGCUGAUGGGAGUGUUCAGCUCAGCUGGAGACUGGUACUGGUGGCUGCUGCUGCCUGUCUGCUUGGGGUCAGCUACAUGUGUCUUUCUAUUCAGUGGUCUCUCUCCAUUGUUGGACCGCUGGGACUUGCCUGUCGCUGUGUUUCCCUUCAACAUCGUCAUUGUCCUCUACCUCCUCUGUACCGGCCCUAACAACCCGUACUUCCCGCACCACCUGACGACACCACCAGGGGCGCUGGAGCCCAACGGCACAGAGCUCAUUGCUGUAGAGGUAAUGCGUGGCAUCCCUCUGGGCGUGGGUCAGAUCUUUGCCUGUGGAGCCCUGGGACCCUCCCUCCUCAUCCUGGGAGCGGUUCUGCUCUACUCCCCCCUGCUGGCAGCCCAUGCUCUGCUGGGAUCAGCAGUUGGAACACUGGCUGGUUUAUCCAUGGCAGUGCGUCAUGGUUCUCUGUACUCUGGUCUGUCGGGGUUUAAUGGCGCUCUGGGCUGCAUGGCGGUUGGAGGACUCUUCUUCACCUUCAGCUGGAGGACCCACCUCUUUGCCAUUGCCAGCGCCUUCCUUUCUGCAUAUGCUGACAUCGCUCUGAGCAAUCUGCUGGGAACUAUUGGUCUCCCAGCAUGCAGUUGGGCAGCUACUCUGACAGCCACGCUGAUGUUGCUGCUGACCGGCAGUUUAGCAGCGUACCGCAUCCCUAUUGGUCAAGUCAUGGCCCCCGAACAUAACCUGCGCCUGCACAGCCAAUGGGAAGCCGGGAACACCGCAGAAAGGGAGAGCACUGAUGUGUAACACUAGGACGCACACUCACACAGUACUGUAUCAGUAACUUCUUAAGUAGUUGCAGUCAGUGGUGGAAUGUCACACGUACAUUUACUCAAGUAAUGUACCUAAGUACAGUUUUGAGGUAUGUGUACUUUACUUGAGUUUGCCAUUUUAUGUAACUUUAUACUUCUACUUCACUACAUUUUAGAGGCAAAUACUGAACAUUAUACUCCACUACAUUUAGCUGACAGCUUUAGUUACUUUUCAGGACUAGAUUUAACUUGGAAAACAUGAUACAUUUAAAGUGAUUAGAUUUUUUAUAUAAACCUGUUCACAAUUGAAUAAAUAGUUAAAAUGAGCCCUAUCUUAAAAAAAUAAAAUAAAUUCUGCCUAUAAUAAUCCAAUAAUAUAUUUGGAAAUAUAUAACAAUCUAAGUUGGUCUGAAACAUUUUGAUGCUGGUACUUUUGUACUUCCACUUGAGCAACUUUAAAUGUAGGACUUUUACUUGUAGUGGAGUAAUUUUGCAUUGUGGUGUUGUAGUACUUUUACUUAAGUAAGGGAUCUGAAUACUUUUCCACAUAUCUUCGUUUUUUAUUCAAAAAUAUUUUUAAAUAGAUUAUAUAUUAUCUUACGAUAGAUUAUCUUUAUAGAUGCACUCACAUUUCACAAGAGGCUUUCAAGUGAAAAAAGUAGAUUCAACACUUUGAGGAAGCGUCAUUCCACAUUCUGUCCACAAGAUGGCAAUAUAUGUCCAGCAAUGAAAUGUUAAAAGGAUAUUACAAUUUAUUUUAUAUCAGCCUUUGUAUUCAAAUCCAACCAUUUCUAUUAAAUGUGUAUAAUUUACAGCCAGGUUCUGCUACUUGUGUUAUUUCAGUGAGUUUUUUUUACCUUACCAUGACACCUAUUAAAGAGCAAAAGUAACCAACAAUAUAAAGGGAAAGAAAACAUCUUUUAAUAGUCAUGAAAUCAUCAAAUCAGUUCAAUAAAAUCAUUUGUUUUUAAAAUGACAGUUGUCAAUAAAAACACCGACUGAAUUCAACAGUAAUUAUUUUUGAACCCCUUUUACCCCCGUUACCCUGCAUAGACAUACAACACAUAGCACUCCACUGGGACUCAUUGUAAAAACAGACAUGUAUCUCAAUGCAGGCAGACAGUGAGACAAUGAGUACACACAGAUGACGUGAUGCGUUUCUGAAAUGGACGGAGUGGUCAGCUGCUUAGGCCAGGAUGUUAAAGGCAACUGUUUGACUCUUGAUUUAUUAUCAUAAUUAUUAUUACUAUGAUUAAAUUGUCCUAAAUGAAAAGUGAGGGUGUUCCGUGGUUCAUUAUUAGAUUAUUAGUCUUUUUUCACAGUGCUUCAUGUUGCCUGUGUAGAUGAUUUUUUUAAAUUAUAUUUCCCACUGACAUCUAUAUUCCCAAACACACGCAUGUCCACAUUCACACACAAACCAUACACCCCAAUCCAAUGUAAAAAAUAAACAAAGAGACUAUUAAAUAUUAAAAGAUUAUUAAAAAGGUUGUUUUUUUAUACAGGUGAAGUGACAUUCUUCCACAAACAAUAACAUCUUCUAAUUGUUUUCUUCAUCUUUUUUUCUUAAUCGUUACAACAUGCAUUUCUAUCUCAUUGCUUUCACAUUUUCUUUUUCCUUUUUUUUUUUUGUUUACAUUAUUUUUAGUACCUGGGACUAAAUUCUUUUAUGAUGAACUACAUCACAGGAAAUGGUGAUGAGGUCGGUAACAAGACGGAACAUACAAAAGUGCCUCUCAGUCUGUGAUUGAUCGAGCAUAACAAUAAAAACAGAAAAAAGUAGAAAUAUAAAUACUUGCACGAACAGUACUUGUGUCUUUUUAAGCUGCAUUACAAAAAAAUGAACAUUCGUAGUUCUACGUACUUUCAGUUGAAGAUUUGAUUGUGAGUGCUGUUGUGCUUCUUUAAGCUUGACUUAGUGUGUGUG